AAUUUCCACAACGACCUUUGUGUAUGUCUGCUUAAGCCAUCUGACAUCAUUCUUAGCCUAACUCCCCGUUCCCAAUAGUUGUACACAGGGUAUAUAUUACCUUGAUUUGCUUAUAGUAGCUCUAGUCAGAUCACGUUUUUCCUGGGACAUUUUUUAUAACUAAUAUGCUAGGACUGCUAAAGUAUUUCGAUCUUGAAAUCAAUCUUUUGACGGAGUCGUUCAAAUUUAAUGAUAUGUUUCUGUUACGUUCCUAAAGGAUGUCGUUAAUAUUUCAAACAUCUCAUGGCCACCAUAGAUUAGAGUCAGUAAUUUUUGUGCAACUGUUAUGGAGAUAGAAAAAUAUCUCUGCAACAUUGGUGCAACAUCUUUUGUACUACUUUGUUGUGCAACAUCUCUUACAUCACUUUGUUGUAGUUACAGCAUGUGUUUUAAAGUGGGAACGGCGAUUAACUGCUGUGCGACUGUUGCACAAUUGUUGUUCAACACUUUUUAUUGACCGGCCUUAAGAAAUUUAUUUACCACAGCUCAAAAUUACACAAACAGGAGGAGGGUUUUUGUGCAUUAUUUUUUUUAAUUUUGUUCUUUAAACACAAUAGUCAAAUUAAGAUACUUUACUAAGACACGCCUCGAACAAGUAAUUUAUUUAUUAGGUCAUGUUUUUUGUCUUCAAAAGUUUAGCAGUGUUACAGUUAAUAAAUAAGCCUGUUAAGCAAAGCAAUGGUUAUUAUACUAAAAUAUUUUUUUGUCUAAAUUUAAUAAACAUAUUGCUUCGUUCGACAAAAUUUAGUAUCGUAAACGAACAAAAAAGCCUGAUUACUGGUCAAGCAACCAGUAAUCAACUGUUGAACACCAGGUUGAGCGAUAGGUAAACAGUGUCACACAUCCAGGUGGAGCGCUUUAGUACAGGUAUAUAGUAUGUGUCAAAGUCAAUGAUGCACUCACAGUAAUAGGUGUAAUAUAUUUUUUUUCUCACAACUUUAUUAGUAAAAAAUUCACACCCAAUAAUUUUUUUCUCCAAACUAGGCCAGAAGUUACAGUUAAUCUUCUCCAAUUUAAAUUUUGGUAGAUAUUUUUACAGCUACGUCAUCGCAAAAAUUCUGUCAACAAUUUUUAUUUAUUUUUAUAAAAGUCGUAAUUAAAUGCAUGAUAUUUUUCAAGCCGCGCCUUCUCUUUGUUUUCUUUUUAGCCUCCUAGCUGUGACACGACCAAGCAAUUGAAAAUCAAAAAUCAAAACAUUUCUCAAACACAGUGAAUUUUAAUUUUUUAACUUCAAAGUUAGAAUAACGACCUGGUUUUAUUUAGAUGAAUGAAUAAAAACAAAGGAUCAUGCUUUCCCUUGAAAGAAAAAAGAAUGUUUUAAAGAACACCCAAACAACAAAUGUUAACAAUCUGUUACAAUUAAAAAAUAUUUUGAAUUCUUUCAUGAUUAUACAUGUGAUUUAGUCAGAGGUAAUAGCAGAUGGACUCAAUCUAUCCAAAUUGUUUGUUAUGGAUGCUUUGAUUUGGUAGCCGCAAGUAGCUACAAUCACUUGGUGUUACCGUUUUAUUUGCCCGUGGAAAAAUUAAACCAAAUGCUCACAGCUGUCAAAGCUUUAGUUCAGUAAAAUUUUUUAAGGGAAAAGAAUUAUUCUUAAUUUUUUAUAGUUAUUAAAGUACAAAGCUGAUUAUUUUUUAAGGAAUUGAACAAAAGUUCUAGCAAUUUGACUUAAAUAACUAAAAAUUCUGUCAAUAAGGUAUGCUGACAAAAAGAUUGUAUAAUGUAUUGUGUCUAGGGGUAUCCAUUUUCCAUUCUCCUAGAUUUUAUACACAUCAUAUCGAUUGUAACAAACGUAAAAUUUAUUCCUCUUUUGAAUACCAGGCAAUAAAACAAGAAAAAUACUUGUUGUGCAGAAAUGAAUAAUGUCACUUCAAUGAAUAAUGUCACUUCAAUGAAUAAUGUCACUUCAAAGUACGUAUAUUGCGAUAUUCUUGGCACCAACAUAACACCUCCCGAAACGUUUUACUGGUGCUUGUUUAGUUCUCUCCUAUUACAAAGCGUUUUAACCAUAAUCUUUAAUUUCAUGUAUCUAGCAGUUAUGUUUAAAUGUGUCGCAACUAGAACCAUAUCGGAAUGUUUGUACAUAAUGUUAUCUGUGAGUGAUGUAUUAGCUGCAGUAAUUGGGACACCAGCUUGGAUGCUGACUAUAUAUCAGUCAAUUGAAUUUUAUAUGGACUGUAACGUUGCUUUAUAUAUCAACUUUACUGGUUACAGUCUGGUGCUGAUAUCUGUUUCAACAAUACUUCUCAUCACAAUUGAAAUGUACUUAGCUGUAAUGCAUCCGUUUUAUUACGAAGGAACCUCUUUGAAGAAAAAGUUCAUGGUGGCAUUGGCUUUAUUAUGGAUUUCAUGCAUUGCUUUUAGUGUUAUCUCAAGUGUUAUAUUCCGCACAUUUUGGGACAUGUUUCAAAAACUGGCUGGCCUUAUUUUUCUUUUAGUCAUUUUAUUACUCUUUUUCGCCCAUCAUAAAGUGUACAGAGAAGUUAAAAGAAUAUGUAGCAGGAUUGUUGAGACAGAUCGAGAUGGGAAAAGAAUGAUACAAAUGAAAAGCCGUUCCGUAAAACUAUCUUUGUCCAUAUCGUUAACAUUAACCAUCUGCUUCACACCAAUGGUCUAUUACUCCUUCCACGUUAUGUUAUUGGGAAAGACGAUCUCUACACAGUCAGUCAUGCUUCCAGUUUUUCAAUUCAUUGCACUUUUAAAUGGAUUGUUUAAUCCGUUUGUUUACUAUUUCCGACUGACUAAAAUACGUAGAAAAGUAAGGGGGAUGUUGUCUUGUGUGGCAUGUAGAACGGAACCAUCUACAGUUUCAUAAUCUGAUGAAUGAAAUAGAAAUGAAUUAUUAUUUUAUAAUAACACAAUAUACCCACUAAAAUUAAAGUAACACAAAGCAAAAACAACAAAAAUUUUAUCUAGAUUGUAUAGAUUUGCAUUUACAAAAUCACGACAAGUUUCACUGACCUUUCUCUCUGCAUCUAGGUUUUCUUUAUAGAAACUUUAAUCUUUACUAAUUCUCUAAACUAUAAAUUUACCGCCUAGCCCUGCUUAAUAUAGAUAUAUUUAAAAUAUAUUUUAAAUAUAUAUUAAAUGUUAGAUAAGACUCUUUUACACCUAUUUUCAAUCUUUUCUCCUAGUUUUUGUAAUAAAAUUAAACACAAUAGAAGAGAAGACAAGUCAUUUCAGGAGCCUCUUUUUUUGUUGAAACAAAUCACUGUUUACUUGCUAAAUUAUGCUGCAAUAUGAUGGCAAUAUCUUAAUAUAAAAAAAGCUGAAGUCAUAAAUACAAAAACUUAAAAUCAGAGUUUGGAUGUUUGAAUGUGUUAAAUGGAAGAUUAAACGCGCCAGUAUGCUAGUCCUGUACACGAACCAGCAGUCUAAAAAUACAACAAAUUGCACAAUUACGAUUAUGCAACCGGGCUAAAUAUACACUCACCCCACUCCCCAACUGUUAAUUAUGUCAUCGCCCUUCUUCAAAGUAUUGAACUUAUUUUAAACAUCCAACCAAUUCAUCUUUGCGUGUAAUUUAAAUGCUCCAGUAUCUUAGAAACUUACGAUGUUCAACUGCACCACAAGGUUUUUGUAUCCAUCUUUACAAAUCGAGUCAAUUGAAACAACCAACGAAUUCUUCUUUUUAUUCUUCUUUUUAUUUUUUGGUACUUAAUACAACGCAUGUUUAAAGAGAAACUAUACAAACCACUGUUUUAUAUACUUACCUGUUACAAUCAUUGGUGGAGAAUAUUUUUCCUUAUGCAACUCCAUCUUCCGUUGUUUCUGUCAAAGGAGCGUUUCCCAUAAAGAUAUUGAAAGGUGUUUCUUAUGGUACAUCUAGGGAAUUCUAAAGAAAAACAAAUAACAACUGUUGAAAAAAAGAUAUCAUUAAGUCUCAGAUAAAAGAAUGACCUGAUAAAGUUUACAACAGUGAAUACAUCGAUAACACAUUAUUUUUCUUUUUUUCUAAAAAAAUAUAAU